GUUCAUUCUGUCCCGCGUCUGAACCAAGCCGCUCCCAAAUAUGCCGUCAUACCUUGUCACCGGAGCCUCUCGAGGCAUUGGCUGGGAACUCUUCCGCCAGCUGGCGAGCAAUGCCGACAACACGGUGAUCGGUCUGGUGCGCAACAAGGCGGAGACCGAGAAGAAAGUCACCGACGAGUUUCCGGCCGGCGGGGACCGUCUCCAUAUCAUUCAAGGGGAUAUUACCGACUAUGCCUCCCUUCAGGCCGCAGCCACCGAAACCGCCCAGAUCACCGGCGGAGGGCUCGACUACCUGAUCGCCAACGCCGGCGUCGUCUCGCACUUUGACGCCUACGACCCCAUCGGAGUCCUAGGCCAGAACCCCACCGCACUCGAGGAAGAGCUCACGCACCUAUUCAAAGUCAACGUGGUCGGCAACAUCCACCUCUUCAACGUCUUCAUCCCGCUCAUCCAGCGCGGCACGGCCAAGAAGGUCAUCGCCAUCUCCAGCGGCCAGGCGGCCCUGGACAUGAUCCCCAAGCUCAAGAUCGAGGUCGCCUCGCUGUACGCCAUCAGCAAGGCGGCGCUCAACACCGCCGUGGCCAAGUUCGGCGUGCAGUACGCCAAGGAGGGCAUUCUGUUUCUGAGCGUCUGCCCCGGGAUGGUGGAUACGGGGCAUUAUGUUGAUGCGACCCCGGAACAGAUGCAGGGCCUGAUGGCCAUGCUGGGCUCCUUUGUCGAGUAUGCCCCGCAUUUCAAGGGGCCGGCGACCACCGAGGCGGCGGUGAAGGAUGUGCUCGCCGUGGUGGAGAAGGCGAGUGUCGAGAAGGGGGACGCCGGCGCCUUUGUGUCGCAUUAUGGGAAUCAGCAGUGGCUGUAGAUUGGUUGCUGUGUGUAUGAUUGGGGACCGGCGCGAUCAUGCCACUCGGUUACGACGCCAGCUUUUGUUUGCGCUUAUCUAUCUC